AGAAAUAGGAAUGGCAAUCUGAAGGAGGCCCUGCUUAUAUAUAGAGCCAAGUCCCACUCUUCCUUCAAAUUCUCGUCAACCUUCUCUGCUGAGACAACAAUGGCGAUGGCUUUCAAAAUGGCCACUACUGGGAUGUGGGUGACGGAUGAGUGCAAGAACUCUUUCAUGGAAAUGAAGUGGAAGAAGGUUCAUAGAUACAUAGUCUUCAAGAUCGAUGAGAAGUCAAGGCUUGUCACCGUUGAUAAGGUGGGUGGUCCCGGCGAGAGCUAUGGUGAUCUCGCCGCCUCCUUGCCCGACGAUGAUUGUAGAUAUGCCGUAUUCGACUUUGAUUUCGUCACCGUCGAUAACUGCCGCAAGAGCAAGAUCUUCUUCAUUGCAUGGUCUCCAACAGCAUCAAGGAUAAGAGCAAAGAUGCUCUACGCAACAUCCAAGGAUGGUCUGAGAAGAGCUCUGGAUGGAAUCAGCUAUGAAGUUCAAGCCACCGAUCCAGCCGAGAUGGGAUUCGAUGUAAUUCAAGACAGAGCCAAAUAGAUGCCCCCUUUUUUAAAGUGGGAAUCCAACUCCUUAUUUAUGUGCCUGAGCUAAUCAAUUAAUCCAUCAAUCUUACUCUCUUUUAUUUGCUAUAAUUAAGUAACUAUAUAUAGUCCAAUGACUGUAUGACAUGUGCUCUUCUCUUCUUUCUUGUUUUUAUGCUAGUUUAAUUGUGUUCGAUGUAAGUGGGGCAUCUAAUCUUCAAUCCUUAAGUCAUAAUAUUAAGUUAUGUGUAAUAUAUGACUGUCGGGUGUAUGAUAAGUUAAGGGCAACAAACUUUGGUUGCAAUCUCUUUAAUGAUGAAAAUUUGUGGAAAAGAAUGGAUUAGCUCAACUUUUCCCACGGAAAGUUGAUGCGUUACCAUAUUUAUAAAUGAUGCUUUCACAUUCUA